AUGAUGCGAGAUGGAAGCUCGUUCGUCGAACACGGCGUGGGAGGAUUGGAUAAGGAGUUUGCGAAUAUAUUCAGACGAGUGUUCGCGUCGAGGAUGGUGGACGCGAACAUCGCGAGAAGGUUGAAAUUGCAACACGUGCGAGGGGUGCUGCUGUACGGGCCGCCGGGGACGGGGAAGACGCUCGUGGCGAGACAGUUGGGGAACAUGCUGAACGCGCACAAGCCGAAGAUCGUGAAUGGACCGGAAAUUUUGCAAAAGUUUGUCGGUCAAAGCGAGGAGAACGUGCGGAUGUUGUUCGAAGAUGCGGAGAAGGAGGCAAAGUUGAGGGGCGACAAGAGCAAGUUGCACAUCAUCGUCUUCGACGAAAUCGACGCGGUGAUGAAGGCGAGAGGCACGGGAGGGGAGACGGCGAGCAUCGUGCACGACAACGUCGUGAAUCAGCUUUUGACCAAGCUCGACGGUAUGCACGCGCUGAAUAACAUUUUGAUCGUGGGUAUCACCAACCGAAGAGACUUGCUCGAUCCCGCGCUUUUGCGCCCGGGUCGUUUAGAGUUGCAAGUCGAAGUCGGCUUGCCGGACGCCACCGGUCGACAGCAAAUUUUGAAAAUUCACACCGACUCUAUGGCUAGCGAAGGCUUGCUCGGACCUUGCGUGAACUUGGAAGAAUUGGCGAAGAGCACGGUCAACUACAGCGGCGCCGAGUUGAAGGGCCUCGUCACCGCGGCAACGUCGUAUUCGUUGACGAGACACAUUAAGAAGAGCGCGGAAUUCGACCAAGCAGAGAGCGCGGAAGCGCCGGUAGUGCUCAUGGAGGACUUCCUGAACGCACUCGAGGAAGUGCCGCCGGCGAUGGGCGCCGACGCCGCGACACUCGAAGCGAUGCGCCCGGAUGGGUACGUUACGCUCGAAUCGCAAUCGGAGCACGUCGUCGCAGAAAAUCAAUUGAAGUCGUUCGUCAAGGCGUUACAGGACGGCGCGACCGAUCACAUGACGUGCAUGGUCAGUGGACCCACGGGGAGCGGGAAGACCGCGCUCGCCGCCACGGUGGCGUUGGCGAGCGAGUUCCCGUACGUCAAAGUAGUCAAGCCGGACACCGUCAUCGCCAACGCGCCGGGUGGUUCCGGCUCCACAGACGACGUGCUCACCGCCGCGCUCAAGGCCUCGUUCGAAGAUGCGCUCAAGUCUACGCUGAGUUGCUUGGUCGUCGACUCCGUGGAGACGCUCGUCGGCGUCGCCCCGGCGGAUGGAAGCGAGUCUCUCAACGUCGCGCACCCGAAGGCGCUCGCGACGCUCAGCGCUUUGCUACAGCGUAAGCCACCUCCAGGCCGACACUUGCUCGUGAUGCUCACGACGUCGUCACCAAAGACGCUCAAACGUCUCGGUCUCGGCGCCGGCGGCGUCAUCGACGCCGCCGUGGAAAUUCCCGCGCUUUCGCUCGAGCAAGCGUCGAGCGUGUUGCUCUCCACCGGCGCCUUCAAGGACGAAUCCGCCGCGCGCGAAGCGGUGGAUUUCUUGAAGCGCCCGUCGGUGCCGAUCAAACCUUUACUAUCCACGGCCAGACUCGCGCGCGCGACGUCCCCGAACGCCGAAUCCGGCGUCGCCGCCGACGUCUGGCGCCGUUGCGCCGAGCGCACCGAGCUCCUCGCCGCGUGA